AUGGUUGGACAUAUGGCUUCUUAUUGUAGGCAGGGUAACACUAAGAAGGGGUUUCAAAGGGCCCUUAGGCCAAUCAGAGUUAGGAAUUCACCAGUGAUUCCAACUCAAACAACUAAUACAUUCCAUCUUUUGGAGACUGAGGUUCAAAAUGAGGCUGGAAACAGAAAUGAAACUGAGAAUGAAGUCAAGCAUUUCAUUCAUAAGUAUGAGGUGGGGCUUGUGGGUCUCUUGGAGCAUAAGGUAAAGCUGCCCAAUCUAGGUAAGCUUUAUCAGAAGGUGUUUUCAAACUGGUGUUUUACCAACAAUUCUAGCUAUCACUCUGGGGGUAGGAUAGUUGUAGCCUGGAAGUCUGGUUGUUUUAUAGUUAACAUUGUAGCAGCUUCAAGUCAGUUUCUUCAUUGUCAUAUCACUCUUGUAGGUGGUAUGCCAAGUUUUCACUGCAUUUUUGUUUAUGCUUUCAAUGAUCAUAGUUUGAGGCAGGAAUUAUGGAGGAAUUUCAAUAUUCUUAAUGUUCAGAGUCCUUGGAUUCUUUGUGGGGUCUUCAAUUGUGUCAUGGUUGUGGAUGAAAGAAUAGGUGCUCCAGUUAGGCAUGCUGAUAUGGUUGACAUUAAUAAUUGCAUGCAUGUAUGUGGUAUGGAGGAUAUUGGUAAUCUGUACACUUGGAAUAAUAAGCAGCAGGGUACUGAUAGAGUUUUCUCAAAACUUGAUAGAGUUUUAGCUAAUUAUGCUUGGCAAGGGUGUUAUCCAUCUGCAGAAGCUUGUUUUAUGCCAGAAGGUCAGUUUGAUCAUUCCCCUGGUUUGAUGGCUGUGUAUCGCAGGAUUGGUGGAGGGAGAAAACCAUUUAAAUAUUUCACAAUGUGGAAAACUUCUCCUGUUUUCAAUGAUAUUAUUCAUGCAGCAUGGAAUACCCAAAUAAGUGGGAGUAAAAUGUUCAUUGUGGUUACCAAGCUGAAGAAAGUUAAGGCUACUGAUUUGAGUGCUUACCAAGCAAUGAUUGCUGCUCAAGAGGCCAUGCACUCAACUCCUACUUAUCAGAGCCUUGCAGAUAUGGAAUUACAGGCUAUUCAGGAGUUGUACAAUCUGGUCAUGUCUGCCAAGAUCAUCACAUGGGCAAUUCUUAAUGCCCCAUAUACUGCAGAGGAGGUGAAGGUAGAUCUCUUUUCUAUACCAGGUGUCAAGGCACUAGGGCCUGAUGGUUUUGGUUCCUAUUUCUAUAAGGGUUCUUGGCAUAUAGUUGGGGAUGAGGUUAUUGCAAAUGUCUUAGAUGUUUUCCAGCAUGGUAAAUUGUUAAAAGAGGCAAAUCACACAGUUGUCACUUUAAUUCCUAAGACUAAGUGUCCAAAGAAUGAUCUUGUGAGGCAUUAUGGGAGGAAGGGUGUCAAACCUAGCUGUCUGAUGAAGAUUGAUCUGCAAAAAGCCUAUGACACUGUAGAUUGGCAAUUUCUAAAGGAAAUGAAGGAGUAUUUGGAGUUCCCAACACAGUUUGUGGAUAUAGUCAUGGAAUGUGUUACCACGCCAAAGUUUUCUGUGACGAUUAAUGGUUCAAUGCAUGGUUUAUUUAAGUCUCAUAGAGGUUUGAGGCAAGGAGAUCUCCUCUCACCUCUCCCUUUUGUCAUAUGCAUGGAAUAUUUUUCAAGAAUUUUGCAUAAUAUGAGUGAUCUGCCUCAAUUUCAGUUCCACCCAAGAUGCAAAGAUACUAGGCUCACCCAUUUUUGUUUUCCUGAUGAUUUGAUUCUUUGCUGUAAAGAUUCUUCUGGUUUGAAGGCUAACCAAAAGAAAUCCUCCAUUUUCUGUCAUGGUAUGGCUGAAAGUGAAGUUCAAAGGGUAGUGGAGGUUUCUGGUUUUACCAAGAGUGUGUUUCCCUUUAAAUAUCUUGGGGUUCCCAUCUGCUCCAAAAGGAUUUAUGUUGCUCAAUGUGGGGUUUUGGUGGAUAAGAUGACAGCUGUGAUCAAAAUAGCAUUUCUUUGGAGUGGUCAUGCUUAUUGUCACAGACCAAGUAACAUUUCUUGGGAGAAGGUCUAUUGUGAUAAACAGACUGGUGGUUUGGGAUUCAAGGAUGUCCUAUUGUGGAAUGUAGCCAAUAUGGGCAAGUAUGUAUGGGCUCUGGUCACCAAGCAAGACAAUGUUUGGAUCAAAUGGGUUACUUUAGUGUAUUUAAAGAAUGGGGUCUGGUGGGAUUAUCUGUAA